UGCUUCACUAAACUUGUGUAUUUUAUGAAGGUUACUACGUGGUUCCUGUUACUUCAUGUUUUGUUACUUUUGUGCCGUUGAUGUAUAGUUUUGUCAAAAUAUGCAGUGUUCGUAACGAUUGAAACGAGUGUCCAAGUAGGUCUUCAAAAAUACAUUCAACGAUAAGUGUCGACGUGUAAAAUGGCGUGGUUCGGUGACGGGCUGCCUAGCUUGUCGAAUUUAAAGGGCCAGAUAUCAAACUUUACGAAAGAAGUUUUAUCAGACGGCAUUGUAGAAGAAAUAGACGAACGAUCGAGAGCGUUGAAUGAAGCGAACGAAAGGUGCGUUGAACUUCAAGAAUUACUCAAGUCAAGAGACGCUGAAAUUUCCCUGCUGCGUCGACAAAACAGCGAGCUUCAAAGGACCGUCGUCGAGCUGAACGCGAAGCCGAAAGGCACGAAUGGCAGUCACCAAGAUGACGACAACGAAGUAUUUUUCUGGGAUCCAGUGUCUACCAAGAACCGUAAUUCGAAAAAUCAGAAUCACACUCGGCAGCUCCAAGAACAACUGGCACAAGCCACCAUGAAGAUACAUGAUUUAGAGACUGAAUUGAAACGUGUUCAAAUGGUCAAUAAUUCCUCUUUGAAAGAUGAACUCCCUGAUGGACAUCAGACGGCAGAAUUUGUAAGAGCCAAGCAGGAUAUGGUGAACCGUAUUAUACAAAUGGAAGAAAAGAGCCGGGAAGCGGAGAGAAACACAAAACGCAUACAACCGGAUGAAACCGCAUUGAUCAAUGACUUCCGUACGGUGCUGUCCAAAUUGAACUCCCUGGAGAAGUUAGAUUUGGUGCGAACCGCACUGAAAGCGCUGGAAACUGAAAAUGAAAAACACACCGAGACCGAUAGGCAAGAAAAGUCGGACUUUGAUGAGAAGUUUAAGAAACACGAUAACUACGGCCACCAGUCUAUCGCGGUAAAAUCUGGUUUCGAUGUACACUCGGAACAUCACAAGCGACACGAUGGUUUUAUCGAGGCUUCGAGCAACAAGGAGACGGAAUUGUAUAAGAGAAUCGAAGAACUUCAAGAGGAAAAUAAGAGACUGCUCGCGAGCGUGGAAGAAUUGGACCAACAGCAUGAAGAAUCGAUUCAAAAGCUGUUGUCUCUCAAGGAAGAAAUCGAGAAAAAACACCGAUGCCUUCAGAACGCUUACGAGCAGCUCUACGUGGACUACAAUCAAGCUCAGGAUAAAGUUUCUCAUCUGCAGGAUAUACUGAAAUCCUCCAAUUCCGUUGAAACUGAAAAGAUAUCUCAUUCCUCGCAAACUGCCCAGUUCGAGAAUACACACAAGGUCGUUCAAACGGACGAUUCUGAAGGCGAUGGGAAGACGAACGCAGAAAAUACGGUUGACGAAUUAAUCGUUAAAGUGAAAGAAAUUCUGAAGAACAUUCCUGUAGAGUCAGAGCCAGGUGUUUCGAUUUUUGAAACCGUUGCGAGACAAUACGUCGACGCGAAAUGGAAGAAGGAUGUAUUAGAGAAGAAGCUAACAGAGUUGAAUCGAGAGUUGAAGGAUGCCGCGGAAAUGAAGGAAAAUUUGCAAAUAGAAUGCGACGACAUGCAGACGCAGGUAGACACGCUGUUACUGGAGAUCCAAGACUUAAAAUUGAAUUUGCCGUCCAUACCGGAAGCGAGCGAGGAGCGCGUCGCGCUACUAGAAUCAGAAACGGAAUCUCUGCAGGAAGAGGUGAAACACCUUCAAACGGAGAACGCCGUGUUGCGGAAAGAAAAUGCAAAUUUACGAGGGAUUGGUUUGAACGAAAUACGAUUAGAGAAUCAAGCUCACUUGGGAACUAGAAAUAAAAAAGUCUCGAGAUUAGAGGACAUUCCGGAAUGCAGCGAAGAGACUGAUAACCCAAUGGAGAACUUGAAUCGCAAACUGCACGCCACUUUAGACGAGAACGACGAAUUACGGAAGAAGAUCGAUGUUCUCGAGAAUACGGAGGAGGAGACGCAAGAGCAGCUGAGAAUGUCAUUGGAAAAGUGUAAAGGUUUGGACGAGAAUAUUGAAUUCAUCGAGGAACUGAAGUUUAAUCUGGAGAACGUGAAACGGGAAUUGAAGGUGUCGCUUUCUAAUACGAAGCAGUUGGAGAGUAGUUUAGCGCUUCUUCAAGAGACUAAAAACGCGAUAGAAAAAGAAAAUGAACAACUGUCGUGUAGGAACGAUCAGCUGGAAAUGGAGAUUUCGAAAUGGCGGGAAAUGACGUCGGAGAAGGAGAACGACGAUGUGUUGAAUAAUCUUCAAAAGCAGCUUAGCGAAACUAUUCGCGAAAAGGAUGAUUUGGAUUAUGAUAUCUUAAAUAUGAGGAAAGAAUUGGACGAAGCAUUUAAUCAGAUAGAUGUGAAAGAAAAUCAGAUAAUGAAACUGAGCCAGGAGAACGAAAGUUUAAUGAAGGAGAAGAAUUCUCUAUCAGAACAAAUACUUGCUAUUCAAAAUGAGUCUUAUGAUAAAAUAGAUUUGGUGAACACAGAGAAAUCGUUGCUUGAACAAGAACAAAAGGAAUUGGAGGAAGGUGUAGCGUCCAGAGAGAAAGAGUUAAGUGAAAUUAUUGAACGAUUACGGGAAACAGAGGAACGAUACGUGACACUGGAAAACAAGUUUUGCUCUUUGAGUAUAAAAGCUGAAGAACUUCAAUUGAAAAAUGAAGACCUACAAAAUACAAUAGAAAAACAGAAAGAUUUAAAGGACGAAUUGGAUAUGUCUAAAUCAACCAUACAAAAUCUCAACUCUGUACAAACUGAUUAUAACAAAUUACUCUCUGAAAUGGAAACUUUGCAUUCGAAAGAAACAGAAUUAAUAAGCUUACAAGAAAGUUUCUCUAAACUAAUGGAAGAUAACGAAAAUUUACGAGCUCUAAAUGAAACCAUUCAAGAAAGAUGUAAACAAUUAGAACAAGAAAUAUUAACUUUACAGACACAAAAGAAUGAAUUAUCGAAUCGUGUAAACGAAAAUGAUAAUGAUAGUGAAAUCCAACAGACUAUAGCACUUUUGGAAGAGAAAACACAGGAGAACAAUGCUUUGAAAAGUAAUAAUGACAAAUUAAUGGCUGAAAUAGUCGAAACACAGAAGAAGUUACAAGUAACCAUUGAAAGUAACGCAGAAUCAGCUGAUAUGGCGAAGCAGACGAUAGAAAAUUUAUCUCAUUUGAUCAGACAAAAAGAUGAAGAAAUUAAUAGUUUGAAGGCAUCAGUUGAUCUUGCCAAAAGUAAUGCAGAAAUGUCCAACAAUUUUGCAACCGUCAAAAACGAAAGAGACGAAUUGGUGACCCUCGUUACCAUGAAGCAUAAUGAAAAUUUAAAAUACCACGAGGAAAUUCAACGAUUAACGCAUCUCUUAAACGAACAGAUAUCGCAAAUUCAAAGCUUGGUUCUAGAGAAAGAUGCAAAUUUGUCGAAAUUGUCAGAGAAAGACGCAGAACUUUUAUGGGCGAAAAAUGAGUUGCAAGUAGUCCAGCAACGUUUAAAGAAUAUAGAGGCAUCAAACAGUAGCGAAACCUGUGGAAUUGUCGAACAUUCCAGGCUCCUGGCAGAGGUUACUAUUCUUAACGAGAAAUGUAAAGCAUUGGAAGCAGCCUUAAUUCAAGAGCAGUCUAAUAAUAGGAUAAUGCAACAUCAACUUAUUGAGAGUCAGAACAAAGAAGUGAACGCUGAAAAAGAACUGGAGAGGCUACGAUCGCAUUUAGUUGAAAUUGAAUCUACUUAUACAGAAGAAGCUUUGAUUGUUGAAGAAGCGCGAAAGGAAUUGGAAGUAAAGUUACAACAAGCUGAAGAAAAAAUGAAACAAAGUUCAACCGCGUACACAUCUGCUAGUAUCAGAGCGAAUCAACAAGUAGAGACAUUACAACAGCAAAUGGCCCUAAUUAUUCAACAAAGAGAUGAUAUACAAAAUAAACUAUCCAGCGCUGAAGACAAAAUUUUAUCUCAGACCGCAUCCCUAACUAAUUUACAAAUCGUCUUAGAACAGUUCCAACGAGAUAAAGAGAAGGACAUCAAGGCAGCAACAGAAAGACUUCAAAUGAAAUUAAAUGAAUCAUAUAUGAAGCAAGAAGAAUUAGCUAAUGACGUUAUUAAUCUUAAGGAGCAAUUAGCUGAAGCUAAAGAAUGUUUACAAGCAGCAUCCAGAUUAAGCGAGCAACUUGAUAGAAAAACAGAACGUAUUGAACAACUGAAUGAAGAAGUGGACCGAUUGACGAAUCUUGUAGCUACAGCUGAUCAGAGGAUAGAGGAAGCAAGACAAAGUGGAGAGGGAAAAGUUGAUAAAACUCUUAUUAAAAAUCUUUUCUUGGGUUAUCUAUCUUCGUCGGCAGCAGACAAAUCUUCAGUACUCAGAGUGUUUUCUACAGUUUUGGACUUCAAUGAAACGGAAAAGGAUAAAGUUGGUUUGAAUAAUGCGGCCGCUCAAAAUAAUUGGUUUUCGCGUUUGAGCAGUGGUUCUCAUAUUGCUAAUAAGGAUCAAGAAUCAUCUUUGACAGCAGCAUUUGUAAGAUUUUUGGAAACUGAAUCGAUACCUAAACCACAGUUACCAGCACUACCCAUUCAAACAUCGUCUUUACCAAGACCUGGUCAUAGUAGGCAACAUUCUACAUCAUCAACACAAUCCACGCUAUUGCUAUCGAAUGUAAAUCUACCAACAUUCCCGGACUUUGUUCCAGCGAGAAAUACAGGUUCUAUUUUAAAAGAAGUACUAAAGGAUAGCUGAUAUUAAAUCAUCAAAUGUAUUGUACGAUUGUAAAUUUUUAAACUAUAGUUAAGAACAAUGUUUAAAAAAUACAUUUAUUUACUGAAUUUAUUUGAAUAAGGAUAAAAAGGAAAUAAUACUCUGGAAACAAUUUGUAAUUAUAUUCGUAAAAAAUUGAGUACGUAGCUUUAUAAUUACUUUAUCUUACAAGAUAAUAACACUCAAAUGUUAUCAAGUAUUGAUGAAUGAAUAUUUUAUUUUAAUAUUUCAUAAUGCAUUUAAUAGAGCUUUUUAAUAAUUCUCCAGGAAUUCAAAUUUUCUAGCCGACAAUAAAAUAUGAGUAUAAAUAUAAAUAUAAAUAUAACUAU